AUGACCAUCAACAGCCUGAGUAAAGAGCAGAUGUCAUGUUUUCACAAGAUGGAGAAGGUGGUUGUAGCCAUGCAAGACCCUGACAUUGGCAUCAAGCUGAGGAACCAAAGACUCCUGAUCACAGUCAUCCCUCACGCCAUGACAGGACUUGAUAUAAUUACUUGGUUGAUCCAAAACUACAGAGUCUGUGAGGAAGAAGCUCUACAUCUGGGUGGUAUGCUGCUCAGACACGGGUAUGUUUACCCCCUGAAAGAACCACGGUGCCUAGUGUUACAACCUGAUGAGGCUCCCUACCGCUUCCAGACUCCUUACUUCUGGAUGAGUACAAGAUGGCCUGCCUCGGAGCUGGAUUAUGCAAUCUAUUUGGCUAAAAAGAACAUAAGGAAACAAGGAGAACUGAUGGAAUAUGAAAGGGAGAGGUACAGUCUGCUGCACAAGAAGAUCAACCACACCUGGGAUUUUGUGGUGAUGCAAGCCAGAGAGCAGCUCAGAGCAUCCAAACAGAGGAGGAAAGCUGACCGGAUUGUUCUUGAAUGUCAGGAGCAGGCCUACUGGCUCAUCAACAGACCCCCGCCAGGGGUGCAGAGUGUACUGGACCUGGGCCUGGAACGACCCAGUAUCCACAGUUUGCAGGUCACUCUGAGCAGCGACUUCUACAAAGCAGAGAUUGAGGCCUUCGGACGGGCUCUCGGGAGGAACAGGGUUAAGUCAUCCAUCUGCUUAGAAGGCUUUCUGAAAUACAGCGAGCAGUACCAGAACCACGACCCCAUUAUGCAAGGCUGCCUUCCCAGCAACCCCUGGAUCUCCGAUGACACGUCCUUCUGGACGAUGAACUCUGAAAUCGUUCCUGUUCCCACACGCCUCCGAGUGGAGAGCUGGAGCUUCAGCUUCAUGGAGCUUCUUUCUGAUGCCAUGGGGAGGCAAGAGUUCAUGGCGUACCUGGAGAAAGAGUUCAGCGCGGAGAACCUGUGUUUCUGGGAGGCCUGUGAGGACAUUCGACACGGAGAAAACUCAAAAAUCCCACAGAAAGUGGAAGACGUCUACAAAAACUUCCUGGCUCCUGGAGCGGCUCGUUGGGUCAACAUCGACAGUAAGACGAUGGCUAAAACUUUAGAGGGGAUCAAACAGCCACACCGCUUCGUCCUGGAUGAUGCUCAGAUGCACAUCUAUUUCCUCAUGAAGAAGGACUCUUAUCCCCGGUAUUUAAAGUCGGACCUGUACAGAAACCUGCUGGCCAGAGCCAUCAUUCCCCAGGAGAGCAAGAAAGGUGUGUUUCCUUUCAUGAGGCGCCAGCGGCACUCUAGCCCCUCCCCUGCUCAGACUGUCGCCUCAGCAACAGAUGAAGAUGGACGUGCAGGUAGCAACCCUGCAGUCUGA